UGUUCCAUUAUUAGAUCCUAUAGAAAUCAAAGGAAAACAAGGAAGGACGACAGAAACGGAUGGAGCAGAAGCAGCAACUUCCCAAGCUCUUCUCCUGUCAAACACUGAAGUCAACCUUGAUUCGGGUGAGGAAAUCUCCGAAGAAGCUGGUUGGACAAAGAAAUUUGUUGCAGAGGCAAAGCAGCAGCUAUGGCUAGCUGGUCCUCUCAUUGGGGUUAGCUUAUUACAAUACUUUCUGCAGAUAAUUUCUAUCAUGUUCGUCGGUCACCUUGGUGAGCUUCCUCUAUCUGGUGCUUCCAUGGCUACUUCUUUCGCCUCAGUUACUGGUUUUAGUUUGUUGUUAGGAAUGGGAAGUGCAUUGGAGACAUUGUGUGGCCAAGCAUACGGAGCGAAACAGUAUCAUAUGCUGGGGGUUCAUAUGCAGAGGGCAAUUUUAGUCCUUUUAGUAGUUAGUAUUCCCCUUGCUUUCAUCUGGUUCUACACAAGCCAAAUUCUCAUAGCCUUUGGGCAAGAUUUUGAAAUAUCGAAAGAAGCAGGGAAGUUUACUCGUUGGUUGAUUCCAAGUCUUUUUGCUCAUGGAAUUAUUCAAUGUAUGAUCAGAUUCUUACAAGCCCAAAACAUUGUCUUUCCCAUGAUGAUUACUUCUGGAUUUACAGCUCUACUCCACAUCCUCAUUUGUUGGCUUUUAGUAUACAAAUCUAGCUUUGGCAUGGAAGGUGCGGCUUUGGCAAUCUCCAUCUCCUAUUGGAUCAAUGUGUUGCUUUUAGCAUUUUACAUCAAAUCAUCUCCCACUUGCAAGAUGACUUGGACUGGAUUUUCAAAGAAGGCAUUGCAUGAUAUUUUCGAUUUUCUAAAACUUGCUAUUCCUUCAGCUAUUAUGAUCUGCUUGGAAUAUUGGUCAUUUGAGAUGGUGGUUCUCCUAUCUGGUCGCCUUCCUAAUCCAAAGCUGGAGACAUCUGUGUUGUCUAUAAGCCUUAACACAUGUUGGAUGGUCUAUACAAUCUCUGUUGGUGUAGGUGGUGCUGUAAGUACACGGGUCUCAAAUGAACUGGGGGCUGGACAAGCACAAAGGGCACGCUUGGCAGUAUAUGUUGUGACUGCCAUUGCUUUGACAGAGGGUGUGACAGUGGCAACCAUCACUUUUUUGGUUCGUGGUGUUUGGGGCAGAUUAUAUAGUAAUGAAGAAGAAGUGAUCAAAUAUGUGUCAUCCAUGAUGCUAUUACUUGCAGUCUCUAACUUCUUGGAUGGACUCCAGUGUGUGCUUUCAGGUGCUGCAAGAGGGUGUGGAUGGCAAAAUACCUGUUCAGUUAUCAAUGUUGUAGCUUAUUAUGUUGUGGGCAUUCCUUUAGCUAUCCUGUUUGCUUUUGUGUUGCAUAUUGGAGGAAAGGGUCUUUGGCUGGGGAUCAUAUGUGCACUCUUUACACAAUUGGUGUUUCUUGUUCUCCUAAAUCUGCAUACUAAUUGGGAGGAAGAGGCAAGGAAAGCUAAAGACAGGGUUGACAAUAAUUGCGUCCCAAGUAUUGAUUUGGCAUCAUAGAGUUGGGCUUUGUCAAGAUGUUCAAGGUUGGGCCUGGGUAUGAUAUAUUGGUGUUAUGGGCCCAUCGAUUAAAGGGUGCUUUAGCUCAUUAGGUAUACAAUAUUUGAUCAUUUGAAAUAGAAAUCACAUUGAUUUGAAAUGUAUUACAUUGAGAAACAAGAA